CAAAUGCCCAGUCCCUGCUGUUGUUAGUGACCAUAGCCGGUCCCCUACGAUUCGAGUACAUAGCAAUGAGCUCAAAGGAAGGAUUUGUCUGUCUGACACCCUGCUGAUUGGAAGAAGACAUUCCCAAUGCCAACAACGGAGGUGCUGAUUGGUUCUGCCUGCCAACUUUGGACCUUUUGACCAUUUAUCCUUUGGUGUCUGAUAGCUGAGAAGUGACAUAGGGGGGAAUCUCUCGAGGUUUGAGUCAUCAAUGCCCAGGUCAUUGUUAAAGGAGACCUACUGAGACAGACAGGGAGAGGAACAUACAGGGAGAGGAACAGACAGGGAGAGGAACAGGCAGCAUGGACACUAUAGAGAACUCCGCCUUGGAGCCCAGAUCGGAGCGGAUCGCCCGCUACAAGGCUGAAAGGAGACGGGAGCUACAAGAACGCUAUGGCAACAUGGAGGAGCUCCCAUCCAAGUGGGUGAGGAGGGAUGGGACUCUCAUGAACUCAGACAGGAUCCUCUCUGGGGGGGUGAACGGCAGAGCGGGGGGGCCGGAGGGGGGCAGGAGGGAGAGCAACACCCCUCUGGAGUCAGAACCGAGGAGAGUCUCCAACGGCUUUGAGGCAGACACUGCUGCAGACCCAACAUACCUCCGAAGUCCUGACAGUGGCCGCGCGGCCUCUUCCUUUGACCUGGCUGUAAAGCCGGGCCUGGAGGGGGGGCGGCAGCGCACCCAUCGCUACCUCCCUGGGGUGUCAGGCGGGGGCCGCAAAACCAACGAGCGCUUCAGGACACAGCCGAUCACAGCCUGCGAGGUGCAGGAGAGCGGCGGGCUGCUAGAGGAAGAGGCGAACGCAAAAGCUGAUGUGAAGACAGACGACAGAGCCAAGAUGAGUGUGGCGGACAAGAUGUCUUUGUUUAAAGAGCUAGAGAAGACAGCAGCCCCUGAGGCCUCCUCCUUUCUGAAGCCUCGCUCUGGCAGCGCCACGUAUGAACGCAGAGGACGCCGUGGCAACGAGCACCGCUCACUCACUCAGCCGAUUACCUGUGAGGAGGUGGUGGUGGCCACCAGCACCCCACAGCCAGCAGAGUCAGGCGAGGCCCAGGCUGUGCAGGCCGAGGCGGAGGCGGUGGAGGACGAUGAGAACAGUAAGCUGACUAUGAGCGAGAAGCUGGCUCUGUUCAACAAGCUGUCCCUGCCAGGGAACCAGGGGGAUGCCACUCCCCAUGCCCCCCCAGAGAGACGCAGGCAGAAGGGGGCACGCUACCGCACACAGCCCAUCACCGUGGAGGAGGUCAGCCUGCUCCAGAAAGGCCCCAUCCAGCUGCCCCCGCUGUGCUUGUCCCCCACCCUCGCCGACCGGCAGCAGGAGCAGUCCGUCAACCUGAGGCCCAGUGAGGUGCGCCAGGCCCAGCCUCGACCCGGGGCCGACGUGGAGCCUAACACAGGACCUGACCCGUCCCAGCAGGGCCUGCAGCAGCGCAGGGACUCUGAGCCAGGAGAGAUCAGAGGCAUCCUGAGGAAGAACCCCUCUGGAGCACCAGAAUGGGACCGAGACAGAGACACUAUGAGGGAGGGCAGACAGCAGGACCAGAAUGGAGGAGGGGAGAGGAGGGCAGAGAGACAUGAAAACGUACCAGUGCCUCGUAGAGAGAGACCAGCCUCCUCUGCCCCCUGGAGACAGAGGAACAGGAACAGGAGGGAGACGGUGGCCGUGUGUAGCCCAGCCAGGCCCUCCUCAGAGCAGGGUCACCCCCUGGAGGAGAGGCAGAUGCACCCCCCUGGGAACACCACUGGGAGAGACAGGUUGUCAGAUGCUUCCAGGGAGGAGGAGAGGGGGAGCAGGGUGAGGAGAGACACCCCUCCUAGACAACACGUCCAGGUGACCUUGGCGGGCCAGAGGAAGGAAGACAGUGAGAUCUCCCAUGAUGCACCAGCUCUCAACCCUCAGUGCUGGGAUCCUGUCUUUUCCUCUGUCUAUUUGAACAGUACACCUCAAUAUGUCAUGUGUUACAAUCAGACCAGCUCUUCCUAUGAGGCCCAGGAGGUCUCCUCUCCUACCCAGACCCUCUCUCAGCCCCAAUGGGGACAGAAGGUGACCCACACACACACACACACACACCUGCCACAGGCGUCGGUGGCUGAGCGCAUGAGAACCCUACAGGAGAGUGAGGAGCAGUGGAAGGCCAGAGGGAGAGGGGCCGCCAACGGCUCAGCCCAGUACACUGUGGCCGGACGCAUGGCAAAGAGAGGUUUGGUGUCCCCUGUAUCGGACAUACACGAGACCCAUCCAUCUCACACUAAGAGACCCUCCACAGGAGCCGCAGCAACAGCCUGCCCAUGUGAAGAGACCUCCAGUCACCCUGGAAUGGAGGUGGAAGAGGACACAAAGCUGGACAAACUGGAUUCCAUUGUGGACAGGCUGAAUACCACUCCCCAGGACACGCCCCUGGAGGUGACCUCAGGGAGGGGGAAGGAGGUCAUGACUCCUGAUGACCGGGAGACGUGUGGUGGUUUCUACAGGGAGGUGUUGCCUCCCACACCCUCUGCCCUCGCUGCUGGGGCUGGUGCUGCCACUGGAACUGACCCGGAACAGGACCUCAGUGCCCUCUGCCAGACCAACACACCCAUGCUGACAUCAGAAGUAGCGCAGCACAGGCGGUCGGUGCGUCCGUCCCGUAGGACCCAGGGCUCCCGGAACCCUCUGCGUGCUCUGGCGGCCCGCGAUGACAUCAGACAGGACUUCAUGGGAGAGAGAGUCACCAUGGCUACCAUGAACACUAACAGGACACAAGUGGAGAAGAUGGCCAAUAAUUCCAACAUGGCUGAAUCAACUCCUGCAGGUCUGGCCAGUACAGAGGACUUCAGUAAUGUCGAUCUGCGUGAUGUCACUUCCACAGAGUCAAUGACGAACAACAACAACAACCUGCCCAUCAGCAACCUCAUGCUCAUUCACAUCAAAGGUUGGCAUCAUGUGCAAGUGCGUCUAGUGGAGCCCACAGCCAGGUCUCUGAACAGUGGAGACUGCUUCCUGCUGGUCACACCCACUCACUGCAUCCUCUGGAGCGGAGAGUUCGCCAACACAGCAGAGAAAGCCAAGGCGUCAGAGCUGGCAUCGUUGAUCCAGACCCAGGGGGAUCUGGGCUGCCGGGCCUGUGGGGUCAUCCACCUAGAGGAGGGGGUCAAUACUGACAACAGCUUGGCCUCUGACUUCUGGAACCUUCUGGGAGGAAAGACACAAUAUGGAGGAGCGGGAGCCCCAGAAGAGGAUGAGCUGUAUGAGAGUGGGGUGGUGGAGUCUAACUGUUUGUACAGGCUGGUGGAGAACAGACUGGUACCCCAUGAGCAGGCCUGGGCAGCCAUACCCACUGUCUCCCUACUGGGAUCCACUGAGGCCCUGGUGUUUGACUUUGGCAGCGAGGUGUACCUGUGGCAUGGGAAGGAUGUUGUCCCUGGCGACAGGAGUGUGGCUGUACAGCUGGCCCAGCAGGUGUGGGGUGGUCCCUACGACUACAGCAACUGUAGGGUCAACCCACUGGACCCCACACACUGCAACCCCAGCAUACAGCCGCAAGGUGAAAGACGGCCCGGCUGGGCUCUGUUUGGCUGUGUCUCUGAGCACAAGGAGACAGCCCUCUUCAGGGAGAAGUUUCUGGACUGGGCUGGAGAUAAGGAGGAGGCCGCUGCAAUGGUGGUGGAGGAGGCACAUACUGCCAUGCCAGUGUGGCCCCAGGAGAGUCCCCUGCCCCAGCAGCCCCAGCAGCAGUUAGAGUGUGUGUCUCUGUGUGCGUGUGAUGCCAAGGCGCUGGUGGCAGGGCAGGGGGUGGCGGUGCCAGGGGACGGGGUGGUCCCUUCAGUCCUGGGGGGGGUGGACGUUCAGAGGGGGCAUGGUAUCGUACCCCUGGAGGAUGGGCGGCAGGUGGAGCUGAGCACUGUUGCCGUGGAUACCUGGCACAUUCAGGAGUUUGAGGACAGCGAGGCCCAGCUGGAGAGCCCAGGGCAGCUGCAUGAAGGAGACACAUACCGGGUCCGCUGGACCUAUACUCUCAGCCCAGCGGAUCAAAGCGGGCAGCCUGGGAGGGAGUGCUCUGCUGUCUUCAUCUGGCAGGGCCGGCACUCCAGUAUCAAUGGGCGAGGCGCGUCAGCCCUCAGGAGUCACGAGGGAACACAGGUGAUGGUGCCUCAGGGGCAGGAGCCUCCAUGUUUCCUUCAGCUUUUCCAGGGAGGUCUGGUCAUCCACAAAGGCUGCCGAGCGGACACCACCAACAACACAGGAGUCUGGCGUCUAUUCUGUGUGCGUGGGGAGCUGCCUGAGGAGGCCAGUCUGUUGGAGGUGGACUGUCGCUGUGGCAGCCUGCGCUCCCGAGGUUCUCUCGUACUGCUCAACAGUCAACAGGGGGCGCUCUACCUGUGGCAUGGCAGUAAGGUCCACGCCAGCUCCCGGGAGGCAGGCAAGAGGGCUGUGGAGCGACUCACUCAGAUGUGCCCUCCUGAACUGGGCCUCAGCAGUGAAAGCCCUUCGAGGGUGCAGGAAGUGGAGGAAGGGGCGGAGCCUGUGGAGUUUGGGAACGCUAUUGGGCAGCAGGACAGGAAGGCCUAUGACUGCAUGCUACAAGAUCCAGGGAAGUAUAACUUCACGCCACGCCUCUUCCAUCUGAGCACCCGUUCCGGAACCUUCCAGGGGGAGGAGCUGCAGAGCCCUGCCCGGUUGCCAGGGGUUGUAAUGGCGAUGCCCUUUGUCCAGGAGAGCCUGUACUUUGUGCCACAGCCAGCCCUGUUCCUGCUGGAUAACUGUAUGGAGCUGUAUCUGUGGCAGGCAGGUGAGCCUGAGGACAGUGAGACCGCUGGUUCAGCCUGUAUCCGCUGGGCUAACGAGAGGAGGUGUGCCAUGCAGACAGUGCUCCAGUACUGCAAAGAGAGGAACCCAAGGCGCCCCCUUCAGGCCUACCUCAUCCAGGACGGAGCAGAACCCCUCACCUUCACCAACGUCUUCCCUCGCUGGGAGAAGAGACCUACACCCACCACGCAGGGGGAGGCCGGGCGGGUCAAGCUGACCUUGGUGCAGGACGCCCUGGCCCAGCUCAGUAAGACCCAGUACCCCCUAGAGGAGCUGCUGCAGACCCCUCUGCCAGAGGGAGUGGACCCCCAGCGCCUGGAGAUAUACCUCUCCGACCACAACUUCCAGACUAUUUUGGAGAUGAAGAGAGAUGAGUAUGACUUCCUCCCAAACUGGAAACAAAUCAGCCUGAAAAAAAGCAAAGGACUAUUGAAAACCUGAACAAACACAAAAAGAUCCCAUUUAUGUCAACAUAUCCUGAGAUAUUUUUUGUUGUUGUAUUUUCUAUUUUCAAGAUAAUUAUAUUUUCUUGUCAGGUGAUGACAAUUGCGUACAGCGUUUUCUUAGUAGCUGUUUCUAAGUUGUAUCUGUAUGUCUUCUGUAUGGUGCUUCUAGGGCCUUAUUCGUUCUCAGCCAAUCGCUCUCGCUUGCAGAGAGACAAGACUGCCUAUACCGUCAAACAGCAGGACAGAACCAUCCUUAUCCCCAAUCAAUCAACUGGAUCCAUUUUCUUAUUCCUAGAGCUUACACGAGUGUGUGCUUCUCUUACCGACUAUGGAUUCCCCUCAGAAAUGUUAACUAAAAAGAAGAAGAAAGAGUGUUACACAUUUU